UGUGAUAUUAAUGAUAUUGUUCGAUAAUUUCCACAUUUGGUUGGAUCACCUUUCUUGGGACUAGGCAGGAAGGGGUAGAAAAUCCAGUGGAAAGGAAACAGGGAACCCAGGGUAGAAAUGGGGAGAGUUCUAUCACAUUGAAGGGAAUGCAAUAAAUGUCAUGGAACAUUUUAUAUACAAAGUAUCAAAAGGGAAACUAAUUUUUUCCAUAAAUUUUCACCUAAAGAACAAUAAAAAGUUAGAAAAGAAAAACAGUGGUUGUGAAUACUCCAGCAUAUCUUGGAGUCAAGCAGACCUGGCUUCUGAACCUCCCUUUGCUUAUCCUUGAAAAGGGGCUAAUACUUACCUGGAUAGGGUAGUUGUAAGGAUAAAAUGGGACCAGUGUCUGGCUUGGUGAAUGGUAACUAACUCAGAGUGCUUAUUUAAAGUGUGGCAGAGCAGUGGGAUUCAGAAGGAGUGUGGCAAACUAAAACAACCAGAGGUUGUCCAGAGUAAUCUGUGUGCAUAUUGCGAGUAGGUGGAUUCGUGGCCUUUGGAAAUGCUGAAAAUCUUCUGCCUCCAGCAGUGACCUUGAGUCAGCCCUAUGUCUCCUGAGGCUACCUGGGAUGAAUGCCGCUGAAUGCCUAUGAUCUUAGUUCUCUGACCUCAUGAACAGUGAGAGGGGGUUUUGCCCACACACUGACUACAGAGUGGCCCUCUAGCUCAAGAUCAAACUUGGAAGCCCCAUCUGAAACUUGUUUUGUCAGCAAAUACGGGCCCCCAGAUCACACUGCUGGUGAGAGGAAGUUAAGUCAAGUCCCCUUCUGCAACUUCUUGGUUGCAAUCCUUGAUCAGUCAGGGGACUCUUAUCAGCUCUUGUUUCCCCUCGGGUAGUUUCCAAAAAUCCCUUCCCAAUAUUCUCUUCUUUCCCUUCCCCACAGUAGUUUUCAUGGCCUGCCCUGGGCAAGAGUCAGCCCUGCUUAGUACUGAUGACGACGACUUUGCUGUGCUGAAUGAUGGAACAGUCCAGGUGAAACACCAUGUCCACCUGCAGGAUGAGAGGAGGACGUUCUCUGAGCAGGCACCGAAGAGCCUCACAUCCAAACGUAUCUUACGAAGACGCAAGAGAGAAUGGGUGGCCCCGCCAAUUUCUGUCCCUGAGAAUGGCAAGGGUCCCUUCCCUCAGAGGCUAUAUCAGCUCAAAUCUAAUAAUGACAGAGGUACCAAGAUUUUCUACAGUAUCACAGGGCCUGGGGCUGAUAGCCCUCCCGAGGGUGUCUUUACCAUAGAGAAGGAGAAUGGCUGGAUGUUGUUGAAUAAGCCACUGGACCGAGAGAAGAUUGCCAAGUAUGAGCUCUUUGGCCAUGCUGUGUCUGAGAAUGGUGCCUCAGUGGAGGAGCCCAUGAACAUCUCCAUCAUCGUGACGGACCAGAAUGACCAUAAGCCCAAGUUCAUCCAGGAUGUCUUUAGAGGGAGCGUCUUAGAGGGAGUACUGCCAGGCACUUCUGUGAUGCAGGUGACAGCCACGGAUGAGGACGAUGCCAUCAACACCUACAAUGGGGUGGUUGCUUACUCCAUCUAUAGCCAAGAGCCAAAGGACCCACACGACCUUAUGUUCACCAUCCACCGGGGCACAGGCACCAUCAGUGUCAUCUCCAGUGGCCUGGACCGGGAGAGAGUGCCUGAGUACACACUGACCAUUCAAGCUGCCGACAUGAACGGAGACGGCUCCACCACCACCGCAGUGGCGAUAGUGGAAAUCCUUGAUGCCAAUGAUAAUGCUCCCACAUUUGACCCCCAGGAGUAUGAGGCCCGGGUGCCUGAGAACGCAGUGGGCCACGAGGUGCAGCAGCUGACAGUGACAGAUCUGGAUGUCCCUAACACGCCAGCAUGGCGUGCCACCUACCGAAUCGUGGGAGGUGACGACAGGGACCAUUUUACCAUCACCACCCACGAUGAGACCAACCAGGGUAUCCUGACGACCAGGAAGGGCUUGGAUUUUGAGGCCCAAAACCAGCAUACUCUGUACAUUGAAGUGACCAAUGACAGUCCCUUUGUGGUGAAGCUCUCGACUUCCACAGCCACCGUAGUGGUCCAUGUGGAGGAUGUGAACGAGCCACCCAUGUUCGUCCCACCCACCAGAGUUGCCGAGGUCCAGGAGGGCAUCCUCGCUGGGGAGCCUGUCUGCACCUAUACUGCGCAAGACCCUGACAACGGGAAUCAGAAGAUCAGCUACCACAUCCUGAGAGACCCAGCAGGGUGGCUGGCAAUGGACCCAGAGAGUGGGCAGGUCACUGCUGUGGGUGUGUUGGACCGUGAGGAUGAGCAGUUUGUGAAGAACAACAUCUAUGAAGUCAUGGUCUUGGCCACAGAUGAUGGGAGUCCUCCUACCACUGGCACGGGAAUGCUCCUGCUAACACUUAUCGAUGUCAACGACCACGGCCCAGUCCCUGAACCCCGUCAGAUCAAGAUCUGCAACCAAGACCCUGUGCCCCAAGUGCUGAACAUCACGGACAAGGACCUGUCCCCCCACACCUCCCCUUUCCAUGCCCAGCUCAUCCACGACUCAGACAUGCACUGGACGGCAGAGGUCAAUGAGAAAGGAGACACAGUGGCCCUGUCCCUGAAGAAGUUCCUAAAGCAAGACACAUAUGACGUGCACCUUUCUCUGUCUGACCAUGGCAACAAGGAACAGCUGACGGUGAUCACGGCCACCGUGUGUGACUGCAAUGGCCACGUGGGGAUCUGCCCCGAACCCUGGAAGUGGGGUUUCGUCCUCCCCAUCCUGGGGGCCGUCCUGGCUCUGCUGCUCCUCCUGUUGGUGCUCCUCUUGUUGGUGAGAAAGAGGCAGAAGGGUAAGGAUCCCCUCCUGCUCCCAGAAGAUGACACCCGGGACAAUGUCUUCUACUAUGGUGAAGAAGGGGGUGGCGAAGAAGACCAGGACUAUGACAUCACCCAACUCCACCGGGGUCUGGAGGCCCGGCCUGAGGUGGUUCUUCGCAAUGACGUGGCACCAACCUUCAUCCCCACACCCAUGUACCGUCCUCGUCCAGCCAACCCAGAUGAAAUCGGCAAUUUCAUCAUUGAGAACCUGAAGGCAGCUAACAGCGACCCCACAGCCCCACCCUAUGACUCCCUGUUGGUGUUCGACUUCGAGGGCGGCGGCUCCGAUGCGGCCUCCCUGAGCUCCCUCACCUCCUCGGCCUCCGACCAGGACCAAGAUUACGAUUAUCUGAGUGAGUGGGGCAGCCGCUUCAAGAAGCUGGCGGACAUGUACGGUGGCGGCGAGGAUGACUAGGCCACCCUGAUAGCAGGGCCAGGAACUAAACCUCAGGCCACAGCACCCUCCUCUAAGUGGUCCCAGGUCCCCUCUUCAGCCAAGGACUUUGGAGCUUGUUGAGAAGUGGCCUUAGCAACUUAAAGGGGAGAGUCCGUGAGCCUGACUGUCAAGGAAUUAGUGUCUAAGCCUUUCAAAAUGGAGGGAUGUGGGCAGAUUGACUUUAACCCUGAAAACCUCUCAGCCUAGGUCAGGGUUGCCUUGGAGGUUGAAUUUCUGGGAGUUUCUCACCUGCCAUAAAAUGCUCCACCCUGUGUCCUGGGCCUGGAGGGACCCUGACCUUCCUAUGACCUUCUCUCUGGAAUGGACCCUUCUCCUUAAAAAGAGGCCUCUUCUUGUAGCCUGAUUUGUUUUUUUCUUCUUCAUCUUUUUUUUUUUUAAUACU